GUUGCAAACUCAUUCUUCUGUCUACACACCUCGCACAGCAGUUUCUUCUUGUCAAACAAAUCAGAACCAGCAAAGCAAUCUGGUUAAAAGUCCUUCGAAUUCAGCUAAAAUCUUCGCUAGAACCAAUCGUCAUCGUUCCUAGAACCAAGUAAAAGUGUGUAUUGUCUCACCGAAAAGAACCAUGUCAGCUGCAAACGUUGCCAGUUACCUGGCGGAACAGAAGAAAUCCGCCGACAAGGAACUGGCCGCCGAGUGGACCCAAAUCGAGGAGCUGUACAAUGAGAAGUUGUGGAACGAACUAACCAUCAAGUUGAACAGCUUCGUCAAGAAUCCGGCGAUGCAAACCGAGGAAGCUCUGCUGGGACUGUACCACAAUUUUAUCACUUCCUUCGAAACGAAGAUGAAUCCGUACGGUUUGGUGCAGAUCCUAACGGUGGUGAUUUCGUUUAUCGAGGACAAAAAGGAAGCGAUUGCGUUUCUGGAGAAGCUCAAGGAAAAGGUUAAAGUUUGCGACGAGGCACUGUGGAUGUGCAAGGUGCUCCAGGGGCAGAUCUUUCUGGAGCACUUGAAUGAGCUGGACGAGACGAAGAAGAUAAUCGAAGAUUUGAAGGAUAUCCUGGAGGAGGCGGGUAAUGUGACGCCGGUGCACGGCAAGUACUAUAUGCUGGCGGCCAACUAUUACCGCCUGGUCGGUCAGCACAGCGACUACUACCGCUGUGGUUUGCAGUUCCUGGGCUGCUCGAUGGACACCUAUCCGAAGGAUCAAUGGCCGCAGCAAGCGUUCUUCCUCGGCCUGGCUGCUUUGCUGGGCGAGGGUAUUUACAACAUUGGCGAACUGCUCGCACACCCAAUCCUGGAAUCGCUAAACGGAACCGAAAACGAGUGGCUCGUAGAGCUGCUGCGUGCCUUCAACUUCGGCGAUAUCGUCAAGUUCGAACAGAUGAAACCCAAGUGGAGUACCAUUGCCGAUUUGGCCGCCCAGGAAGUGAAACUGCGCCAGAAAAUCUCGCUGCUGUGUCUGAUGGAGAUGACAUUCAAGCGGCCGGCCAAUAAGCGCACCAUCAGUUUCGACGAGAUUGCCAAGGAGGCGAAACUGCCGAUCAAGGAGGUGGAAAUCCUAAUCAUGAAGGCACUGGCUCAGGGACUGGUGAAGGGAGCGAUCGAUGAGGUAGCUGGAGUGGUCAACAUGACCUGGGUUCAGCCGAGAGUACUCGAUCGGAAGCAGGUUGCGGCUAUGGCCGGCACGCUGGACAACUGGAUGGCGUCGAUUACCACCAUGGAACAGCUGAUCGAAAGCCGGGCGAGUGAGAUUUUGACGAACUGAUUUUCAUUUUUCUUUGUCUCAAUAAAAUAAAACGUACGUUUUAGGUUAAAAA